CUUUCGCGACGGCACACAGCGCGAUGACUUUUACCUCGACGCGGCGCAUGCGAUCCACGCCUGGCCUCGCUCCGCUCCGUGCAACGUACAACGUAUACGUAUCUCACGUAUACCUGUCAUGGAUUCCGAGGAUCGACCGCGACCACCGCGGGUACGCGUGAUCACGCGACUUCCUGCGUGAGAGCGACACGCAUCGCACGCGCGACGUUGACGCGAGCCGACGGUACGGUGUCCGACGUCCACGAGGAAUCGCCAAUCGGACGAGACCGCCGUCGUCGCCGUGGACCAGGCGUCGUCAUCGCCGUCGUCGCCGUCGUCGAUCAUGAACGUCGCGGUGCCGCCACGCAGAGGAAGGUGUCGUCGUCGCCGUUGUUGUUGAUGCUGCUGGUGAACGUCGCUGGGAGACGCUAGGAGACGCGUCGACGCGACGCCACGCACCGGGAAGCGCGGCGUGCCGAAAUGAUCACCCUCGACGACAGGCCUUCUGUUCUCAUUCGAAGCACGGAUCUUGAGGAGCGGGCGGCAGCGGUCGGGUGGAAGCUUUGAAAAGCCGGAGAACGUGUCGUGCUGGAGAACGACGCGCUUAACGUCGUCGUCGUCGUCGCCGCCGCCGCCGUCGUUGUCGUCGACGAGGAGACGAGGAGUGAGUGCGCUCUCUCGCAUUCGGCGUGGGCAGGCCAGUGCGCGAGCAGCGGACGACGCAAGGAUGAGGCAGGUGGUCGUGCUGGAGCCGGCGGGCAGCGUGCUGGUGAUCAGACAGACCUCCCUGAGCGGCGGCGGCGUCGCCGCCACCGGAAAUGUCAACUCCAAUCCGACGGGCGCCGGCGACACCCACGCCUUGGUCAAUCACCAUGCCGUCUCCACGAUCGCCUCGAACGAUCACAAUCAGAACAGGAUCGUCGUGGUGCGCUCGUCCACCACGUCCACCUGCAUGACCAGCUCGGCCGACAAUCACGCAUCGACCAACGGUAAUAGCAACAUCAAUGUUAACGCGAACAUCAAUGGAAACCCCGGCGGCAUCAGCUGCAAAACGUCGCCGAAGGUCGGGGUUGGCGGCGGCGGCUGUAAGCCGAACGAGAGAAACGAUCAUCUGCGGAACGAGCACAAAAGCCAGGACGCCAGCAGCAACGAGACGAACCCCGUCUCUGGAUGUCGUCCAAGGACGAGCAAGGAAGCCGCUCACGAGAACGUCGCCUCCGACAGGAAGCUCGAUGGCGCGGAUCCCAUCUCCGAUGGCGACCCGAUAAAGCUUCCCGAAAAUCUGGAAACCUUGCCGCGAGCUGAACAUUUUCCAACUCAGAGGCAUCGAUGGAACACCAACGAGGAAAUCGCCGCCAUCCUGAUAAGCUUUCAAAGGCACGCCGAAUGGCAGAGUCGGGAGGUAAAAGUGCGACCACGAAGUGGUUCGAUGUUACUGUACUCGAGGAAGAAAGUACGCUACCGGCGAGACGGUUACUGCUGGAAGAAGAGAAAAGACGGAAAGACUACACGGGAAGAUCACAUGAAACUGAAGGUCCAGGGAGUCGAGUGCAUCUACGGCUGUUACGUGCACUCGGCGAUCCUCCCGACGUUUCAUCGCCGGUGUUACUGGCUGCUGCAGAACCCGGACGUGGUUCUCGUCCACUAUCUGAACGUUCCUUAUCCAGACGGUGAUGCGAAGCUGGCGGCUCUGCCACCCUGUCUCGCGCUGCCGCCAGACAAGAAGGAGUGGACGCGGGACGAGCUGGCGUCGCAAUUAAGGCCCAUGUUCCUCGGCGGGGAUGACGAUCCGAACAGUCCUCAUCUCACGCAGCAUUCGAACCAUCCCGUCGACAUGAUAGUCUCUCAAUUGCUUGACAGGCAGAGGGCAUCCUCCACUUCCACCACCAGCAACACUCAACUCGCACCUAGGAGACUCACGCCCGACAAUCAGGUCUCUUCGACAACGGGAGGUCAGCAACCGUCGACGACAGCGGCUCCGGCUCCCCGCGUGUAUUCAAGACAUUCCCAUUCCACUCAGAGUCAACAGCCGGCUCCUCUAGUUUUAAGUUUGCAACAAAUCCAAGGCGGUGGCGGUCUUCUGAUACUCAACAGUCAACCAUAUCAUCAUCAGCAGCAGCAGCAACAGCAGCAGCAGCAGCAGCAGCAGCAGCAGCAGCAGCAACAACAACAGCCGCAGCAGCAGCAGCAGCAGACGCAACAGCAGCAGCAGCAGCAAUCUCAACAGCAGCAGCAGCAGCAACAGCAGAGCCAGCAGGUGGAGAUGCAACAGGUCACCGGGCAGCAGAUCGUGCCGCAGACCAGCGUCGAUCGGGAGCAGCAAACGCAACAAGAGCUCGACGCGCAGGAGAGCAUAGACAGAUCCGCCGUGCAGCCUCUGCCGAUCGGCGGUUCCGGCUCGGAGGUGACCGAUUUCGCGGAGACGCUGGAUCUGAGUCAGGAGGACAUUCAGAGGACACUGUCGGCCAACAUGGUGCCACCGUCGCCGUCGCCCUCGCCGGCUGACAACAGCAUGAUCAAUCCGAUGGACUUCAUCGAUUCGUCGGACGACGUGCUGGUGAAUCUCGACGCGUUCGACGUGUUCGGCGAUUUGCCGGAGCUGCACGACUUCGAGGCCGAUCAGACGAAGCACGAGGAGCAGCGUGGUGGUCCCGAGAGCGACGUCGGAUGUCAUCCUGGUACAACCGUCCAUAUUGCAGAGUAUAGUCCCGAGUGGAGUUACACCGAGGGUGGUGUAAAGGUAUUAGUUGCCGGUCCGUGGACCGGCGGUAGCGGUUCCCAAUCGUAUUCGGUACUUUUCGACGCGGAACCGGUUGAGGCGUGCCUCGUGCAACCAGGUGUAUUGCGUUGUCGGUGCCCCGCGCACGCACCAGGAAUAGCGUCCCUCCAGGUGGCCUGCGACGGUUUUGUCGUGUCCGAUAGCGUUGCCUUCGAAUAUCGUAGAGCGCCGACGAGCGAACCUAGCCCAGAGAAAGCUCUGCUGGACCGUCUUGCAGACGUCGAGGCCCGUCUGCAGGGACCCGGUCCCCCGUCUCCAGCGGCUCAUCUGGAAGAGCGACUGGUUGCUUAUUGCCAGGAUGCUGUUGUCCGUCCUUGGCGAGCUGGAGCGGAACCUCUUCAAUCCGGUGGGCCUACCCUUCUACACCUGGCAGCCGGAUUGGGAUACUCCAGGUUAGCCUGUGCACUCCUUCACUGGAGAGCGGAAAAUCCUAGUAGCAUCUUGGACGCCGAAGUCGAUGCUCUUAGGCAGGAUAGCGCCGGCCUUACGCCACUCGCUUGGGCUUGCGCGGCGGGGCACGCCGACACUGCUAGAAUUCUUUACAGAUGGAACGCGAUGGCGCUUCGCGUGAGGGACUGUCAGAAUAGAACAGCGACCGAGCUGGCCGCGGAGAACGGCCACACGACGAUCGCCGAAGAACUGAAUCAGCUCGAAGCACGACGGCAAGACGAGAGGCUCUUCUUGCGACCCGCCAGCCCUAGCCCUAGGAGGCCAUCUCAAGACAGCGGGCUUGAUCUGGCGUUGUGUGGCUCGCCGCUGCUGGAGAACAUGGAAUUGUUGCAAGAGGAUGAGUCGUCGUUAGGCCUCAGCGAACAGGGAAUGGAGAGCGCUCCGACCCCUCAGGAGACCGUAGGGGAGGAAGACGCGAGGGUGCUGACGUUGGCAGAGCAAAUUAUAGCGGCGCUACCGGAAAGGAUCAAGAGGGCGGAGGGUGAUUCUCCGUCUUCUUCAUCGCCACCACCACCCACGGCGCCUCUGUCACCCUUGGAGGAUGCCUUGAUGGAGCAAAUGCCUCUGGACUCCGGCGAACUGUUCGACUCGUAUCGCGACUGCAGCGGCGGAGCGGCGUCGGUCUCGGAUGCCGAUGCCGACGCCAGUCCCUCGAGUCCCUCCAGCAGCUGCCUGACCCCGGACUCGCCGUCCCCGCCGCCCACCACGGCCGAUUUCUGCGAGUUUCUGCAGCUGCAGCUGCAGCUCGACAGCAACGGCAACGCUCACAACGGCCGGUACUAUCCGAACGGCUGCGAGCGCAAGCUGAACGGCAUGAUCGGUUCGGCCGCGAUGAACGGCAACGGUGACGGCGGCGAGGCGGAUCUGAGCAGGCUAACGCUGUCCGAUCGCGAGCAGAGGGAGCUCUAUCAGGCCGCGAGGAUGAUCCAAAAGGCUUACAGGAGCUACAAGGGUCGUCAGAGGCAGGAGGAGGCCGAGAGACACGCCGCCGUUCUCAUUCAACAGUACUAUCGCCGUCACAAACAGUACGCUUAUCACAGGCAAGCCACGAGGGCGGCUCUGGUGAUCCAGAACAACUACCGAAAUUAUCGCUCGCGCCCGGGUUCGGCUAGCACGCGGCAGCAGGCGGUCCAUCAGCAGGCGGCCCACCAGGCCGCGCGGAAGAUCCAGCAGUUUAUGCGGCAAUCCAAGAUCAACUUGUCGUGGGACGAUUCACGACCGACUGCAGAACGCCAAGGCCGUCGCAAGCGGGAGCGGGAGGCCGCCAGCGGUCACUUCACGGGCGGCUGCUGUCCUCCAAAGCUCGCUCUCAUCUAGCCCAGGGGCCAGCCUAGUUGCCGCCAGCCCGGGAAUCACCUAGUCGACUGUCAGCAGCAGUCCAGCGGCGCGCGGAGCGGCAACGAGAGUUCGGCGGCGAAGUAAACACGGCCGGUGGUGAGAGCGCCCGUGCGAGAACGCGACGCUCCAGAAAAUAGCUGUCGCGUCUCGCUCUCAGGGUGUAUAUACAUCUCACCCACCUCCCCCUACGAUCUCGUGCGCGAGGUCGUUAGCGACGACAACAAUUACAUUACACAACAAUUACCAGAGAGGGGUACCAGACACGGAUGAUACGCUUUGUUCUCUGCGUCUCUGAUUUGCGUACCCGAUUGUCGAUACCUACACCUAAAAGUCUUGUCUCACAGUUUCUCUACCCUUUUGUCUCCCCUCACACUCUGUCACAUGAGUUUGACACUCGAGCACCGCGUUUCAUCCCUCGACCGUCUCAUUCGUUUCGCUUGUAAUCUUACACCACCGCUGCAUUCUCUCUACGCGUUUCCCGCAUCCCUUCUCCGAUCGGCAUCGAGCGAGCGUCGGAGUAGAGCAUCAGACCGAGCGAGCUUGUCUCAGGAUAGGUUUGCUGAGAACAUUCGUGUGAGGUCGAUCGACUCGAGGCAUGCUUAUAGAAAAUACAAAUGCAUUAUCUUCCGCUUCACGUGUAAGAUAUAUCCAGCGUGUCGUGUCUCUCCUGAAGCGGCGAGGAACGCGGCAUCCGCUUUUGUCCGGACGUGCUACGCACGUCGACUCCUUGCGACCCUUGCAAUCGAAGUUGGCGUGAGACUUUUAUCGAAUUCUUGUGUGCAUCGAGCUGAAUCGCACAAAAUCGUUGUCGCUUUCGUAGGUACAGAUAGUACGCAAAUUUGCCACUGGCGAGUUCCACCGAUCCGUAGAUCUCUUUGAAAUAAAAUACUUCUCUCUCGGCACGAGGCUCUUUGUAGAUUGUAGACGUAAUUCUUCUUUGAUGACGCUAGUCGACAUAUAUCAAAAUCUUUUUUUUUUUGGAACGAAGAAAGAAUAAUACUGAUUGUGCGCCUACUGUUCUGAAAGUGAUAGCAAGUUGAAUGUCGUGUUCAUUCUAUGUUGUAAUUCAUACGUAUACUUUAAAUCUCUGUAUCUAUAUAUAUUUUUUAAACAUAUAUAUAUUUUUUUAAAUAAGAAUAUUAAAAUUAUAUUAAUAAAUUUCAGUAUCAUGAUUUUUAUAUUAACAAGUAGCACUUUGAAAAUAAGAACAAUCAGUUGACGCUUCUUUCCUUGCCUCAAAAACGUUGACUCGUGUCAUCAACAUAUUAUAUUGCUCACAUCUACAUAAUCUUACCACUUCCUGCGAAGAAAUAUUCUUGUACAGAUUGUUACAUUUAUUUUUGUCGUGGUGACUGUCUACCGAUCACGUGCACUAUAUAAUUUCACUUGCAUAGAACACAAUUAAUAUUUUCCACUUUUUUUUAACGUUUCAUCGAUUUUCGCUUCCGAAUUUUCGAUUUAGGCGAAGCUGCGACUAAGAUCAAAUCGACGAAGCACAGAAUCUGGGAGGAGAAAGAAAAAGAGAGAACAGCCUCGAAGAAAGCUUGUCUUAAAUUUCUGCGCGUGAAUCUUUGCGCCCGAGCUUGAUGUUCUGCGGACUUGUUUCAUAUUUUUAUUCGCAUAGUGUAAAAUCUUGGCGUUAACUGAUGAUAUUAAUGAAUGUCGAUUAAUGACUGAAUGAGCGAAUACCAAGCGGCGGUGAAAUCGACUCUAGCGGCGAUAAUGGAUUAUACCUUUUAACGACGAAUAAGACUCGAAGACAUGAGGGUGCAAGUCCGAGUAAUCGGUACGAAUCGGGACACAAUUAACAUGUCGACAUGUUUUUGCGAGAUUAGGUUUCUGAUUUUCGAUCGGUAUUAUUGUCUGCGUCCAUUUUUUUAUAUUUUUACGAGAGACAGUAGUUAAAUUUUAAUAAGCGAUUCCGAAGUGGGAUCUACGCAUUUCCCGUCGUUCAGCACGACCGAUUGCGUAGCUACUCGAGAAUCCAUUGUACAUAUUAGAUGCGAAAGUAUUGACGUUCAUUACGCGGCAGAACGCGGUCUCUUCCGUGUGCGAAAUUCGUUUUGCUUGAGAAGCGAGAAGUGUACGAAAAAGAAAAAGACUACACUUUGAUUUUAGAAAAUUUUAGAAAACGAGCGAAAAGAGGCGAAAGAAGCAGAGCGAGGAGAGAAGUGCGGGAGUGCGCGAACGAGGUAGCUACUAGAGGCGAAAGGAGAAGAGUAAGAAAAAAGUAGAGAGAAAAGAGAGGAAAAAAAAAAUGAACAAGCCCUUCGUCCAAAGGGCGCAACUUCAUCCACGGGCUGUGCUAGUCACAGUAUAAUCAACUUCGUAGUGUUAUACUUUUUAGGACGUAAGCUAGUCGAUUACACAUUGUUACAAAAAAAAAAACUACCUACCGUUUCUCUCUCCGAUAGGGGAUUUUUUUAAAGAUUCUCUAGCGUAAUUUAAUUAGCGGUUAAUUAAGGGCGUAGUUGAUUGCGGACGCGCGCGCGUGCGCGCGCGCGAUUGCACGGCGCGCGAGAGGCGGCACACAAGCCGCGGUUGUCCCGCGUUCAAAGUCUUGAUCGAGAGGACAAACGUCUAUUGUGAUAAAUUAAUGGUGAUCCAAGAAAGUAUUUCCGCGCAACGGGACGAGGAGAAGCGGAGAAGGUGAAGUGUCCACCGUGUCCUCCGGCGCGCGGGUCCCCGCGAUCGCGGGCGACGCGCGCGACAGUUCUCUCGCUGAUGAUACACGGAGACGGAGACAGAUAGACAGACAGAUAGAAAUCCGGGAGCUAAUGGCGAGUACGGGAUUACGCCGUGCAAGAUCUAUCGGCGGAGUUAUGUGUCGAUAUCUGCGUGUCGUAAACACCAUCCGGUGCUGCCGGCUUCGAAUUGCCGAAUUUCUGCGAGAGAGCCAAUUACCCAUAUCGACCCUCUCCCCGCGGGGUGUGUUUCACAGCAGGUUGUGAGAUUUAAUAGAAAAUGACGUAAAUACGGAGCGCGCGAGGUGGGAUAUUAUUACAAUAUAUACUUAUAUAUUGUACACAUGAGUCAAUUCCAACGAGCAUUUUCAUGCCAUUAAGCUUAAAGAGUUAUUAGUUAUUAAAGGAAGAAGGAGAGGAAAAAGAUGAGGCGAGGCGUGCGCGGGAAGGAUAGACGAAGGCGGUGACGGGUGGAGAAGAGAAUAACAAAUUCUUAUACUCUUUUAAUCAUUGUUAAUUAAUUAAAAUAAUCACGAUCCUAUCGAAAUACUUAAAGUGAGUAAAAAAAAAAAAAUAAUAAUUAUUAUAUACACAAAACUAUUAUUAUAUAUUCAUAUUUUUGCUUAUUACAUAUUUAAGAAUCUAAUUAAACGACGGCUAGCGAUUAUAUGCGUAUAUGGGCACGUGAGCGUUGACAAUUGACGAUGAUGACAAAGUCUCAAGUUAAGGAUACUUCUAGUCGGAUAACUCGCGUAUUGUACGUGGCAAUCAGGAUUUAAAUUUUAGACGAAAAAGGAAAAACAGAAAAGAGAAGAAAAAAGAUUUUCGACGAUACGGUGCGCGCGCGCGGUCUCGGCGAUAGACGAGAUCCUUGGUGCAAUCGUGCGCAUCGAGGUGCACUGUCGCUUUUCCGGGGUUUCAGCGAGAAACACACACACAAACAUAAGUCGAAUACAGUAUUUUUUACCCGCAGAACGGCGGACAGGGAAUGGCCGACACCGUGCGACAAGUUUCGCAAGUUUCGCCGUUGUGUUCCGUAUUCGUGUAACCACGUACAGCGCGGGCGAGCUAGGCGAGGUACUUAUUAGGCGAAAAGGUUGAGCGACGGACGGGGAAGGAAGGGGUUAAAGAGAGGAAGAAGGCCGCUGAGAAAAAUAAUCUUAAUUAAAAAGACAUCGCUAGGAUAGGCGCUUCGAAGAAAUACAUAAACUUUAAAAGUCAUUUAAUACAAAUUAUUCUCAAAAUAUAAAGAAGUUUAAUAAGUAAAGGAGAAAAAAAAAGUUUUUAAAUUCUACGUAAGAAAGCCAAGAGUCAAAGACGACUAGAUGAUAGGAGCCGCAUGGCCUAACUGCUGCCACUUUAAUUAAUUAAAUAAUUAAUUAUAUAACUUUAUUACUUAAUCUCGAUACAACAGAAAUGGGAAAUGAUAAAAAGAAAAAAAAAAUAAAUGAAACCUAUAACACACACACACUAUCUCAUGCCACUUUUCAAACUACUCUCUAGAUGCAGAGGACGAAUCAGUAGAUGAUAUUAAUAGCGGACUAUUAAGCAAGAUUAAAAUUACAAAAAAAAAAAGAAAACUAACUUCUCUCCUUAAACAAAAACAAAAAAAAAAAAAUCGGGAACGAUCGAGAUUCGCGCUAUAGAUUCGAAAUAUUUCCAAUUGUCCAGUCUCCAGAAUCGCACGAGACACACGCGCGUUCAUGCCGAGGUUCGCCGAGAUGGUUUUCCGUCGUCGCGAGCCCACCGAUAUCUCGCUACGUCCCGACCCGUGAAAUCGUGCUACGAGACUCCCAUCCCCGGAAUCACGGGGGAUGGCGCGGGCGAGUCCGAAUGCCGUUCGCGGGCGAGCCGGAAGCACGCUUCGGCGUGUCGCAAAAGCGCGAUAUCGUCGUUCUCGAGAAAGCGUAUCGCGAUCGCCGAAGCGGCGUGGCUUCCGGCGACGGUUUCGGACAUCGCCGACAUAUAUCUCGCAGAAACUUUUCCGUAUAUUUUUUACAAAACAAAAAAAGAAAAAGAAAGAGAGAGAGAGAGAGAAAGAGAAAGAAAAAAACGAGAAACUUGGCACGAUCAUCCCGGAGCUUAUCGCGCGUGCCUGCCUGUCAAACGCGGCGCGACCACGGGGCACGGCGGGGCAGACGGGCUCGCGAUCGCGCGAACACGCGGCGCCUGACACGCGCGUAGCUGCACGCGUCACGAUGUCGAAAGGGUCGAAACGAUCGGGUCGGUGCCUAUCACGUUUGUACAGAAGGAAGACACAGGAAACUGCACGGAGUCGUGAUACGACGCGUACAUGAUAUCUAAAAUACACGGACACGUAUAAAUUAACACAGACGCAGAAGACAUACACACAGAAUUAAUAUAAAUACAGAAUCACACGAAAGAACAAGGAGACACAGAAUCAUUGAGACCCAGAGACACAUUGUUCCUUCGUCGCGACGGUCACUUUGUACCUGCUUGCUGCCUGCCUGGUCCGUUCUACACACGACGCAACUCCUAGUCUCGCGUGGCGGCGUUUCGCACACACGAAAAAAGAAAAAGAAAAAAAAAAAAACACAUGCACACGAAACACACCACACAUACACACACACACACACACACACAGCCUUUCUAAUCCGCUCGACGAUUGAUAACGUCCAAGCAUAUCGCGUGUACUUUCGUUGUGAUAAUCCGGCGCGUUGCGAAAAUCAUUUCUCCGCUCGCGGACGUCGAAAACCGAGCUGAUUUGCCGUUCUUUGUUCAAUCCCGUCGUCGGUUUUUUCGCGAUAGGGAGAUAUACACUCCCGGAAAACGUUGAUGAUGGUUUCGACGGCUGUUUCGACAUCAGUCCGCUCUUGACGUGUCCGCGUUCCAAAGAACAGGCGAUCGCACGGCGGCGCGACUCCCCCCCCCCCCGCGUUGCUACGUAAUUGCUUCGCCAGUGGUCCUGCGGCGAAAGAAAUCAGGAAUCAAGCGUCCGAGUGUCGAUCGCUCGGGAAAUUUUGGAACGUAAACGACGCGUAGACACGUGGCACGUACGUGCUAGAUUUUACUAGUGAAAACGAAUAACGGUGAAGGCUCCAUCUCUUGUAAUAUUUUUAUUAUCGCAAGCGUAAUAUUAUAUAUAUAUAUAUAAAUAUAUAUAUAAAUAUAAUUAAAUUAUAUUAUUAAAUAAAGGGAUUACGCCACCGUUUAUUAUUUAUUGACUAACGUUCGACUAAUAUUGUAAAUAAUAACGAAAAUAUUUUAUCUAUAUUUCCGAUCUCCGGGGAGCGCCGGGCGGGGGCGGCGUAUUAUCUCUUGUCCGCCUUCGCGGCGACCAGCACGGUCGUCGUUUCGCCCGCCCCUCUAUUGUUACACCAUUUCAUCAUUGCAUUUAAUAAAUUAUAUAUUUAUUGACUCA